GGCCUGCACAAAUAUCUUCUUUCUCAAUUGGUUCAAAACCUGGGUGGGAGAGAGGGAAAUACAUAUUAGCCCUCUCAAAGACCCUGUGUCUCCUGAAAAGGAGGCUGGUUAGCAUGUGCCCAGAUUUUCCCUUUAAUCUUUCCCAUUAAGUUGCUCCACAUUUUUCAGAAAAAGUAAAUGGCAGAGUAGAAGUAUAAGGCAGAGACAAGCCCAGAAUUAUUGCACAAUGGGACUCCCCUAACAUUGAAGGAAACAUCAGAAGUAGGGAAGAAGUGUGCUCUUUUGCAACAUGUUAUCGGUACAUAAUGGUGAGUUAAUUCAUGAAUGAAAAAGUAUAAUACAAUAUGAUAAAUCGAACAACUAAUCUUGCUGAUCAAAGGCUAUAAUAUUAUAAAGCCAAGGAGUCUCCAGAUAUCACAUCAGAACUACUUUACCUAGAUCUUGUGUAAUUUCAGACAAGUAAAGAAACCACAAAAUGGAGCUCUGGAACUCCACCUUGGGAAAUGACUUCACAUUAGCGGAGAUUCUGAAUGACAGUGGGGUUCCCAAACUGCUUUUUGCCACAAUCGCUGUCCUGUACAUGUUGGCCCUGACCAGCAAUGGCCUGCUGCUCUUGGUCAUUAUAAUGGAUUCCUGGCUCCAUGUGCCUAUGUACCUUCUACUUAGCCAGCUAUCUCUCAUGGACUUGAUGUUUGCAUCUGCAGUUACUCCCAAAAUGCUUGUGGAUUAUCUGCAUGGGGAGAACACCAUCUCCUUUGAAGGCUGCACCUUUCAGAUGUUAGUAAUUCUCACUUCAGGAGGUGCAGAGGACUUACUACUGGUGUUCAUGGCCUAUGACAGGUAUGUGGCUAUUUGUCAUCCUUUGCACUACAUGGUCCGCAUGAGGCCAAGGAUAUGCUGGCUCACAAUAGCCACAUCUUGGAUCCUGGCAUUCCUGAAUGCUGUGAUACUCACCUCAUAUACUAUGCAUUUUCCUUUCUGUAUGUCUCGGAAAAUCAGGCACCUACUCUGUGAGAUCCCACACUUGUUGAAAUUGGCCUGUGCAGAUACCUCCAUAUAUGAGCACAUGGUAUAUGUGAUAGGUGUGAUCUUUCUCAUGCCUACCCUUGCUGCUAUCCUUGCCUCUUAUACGUUUGUCCUAAUUGCUGUCCUUCACAUGUCCUCGGGUAAGGGAAGGAAGAAAGUCCUCACCACAUGCUCUUCUCACCUGACUGUGGUAGGAAUGUACUAUGGAGCUGCCAUGUUGAUGUACAUCCAGCCCAAUUACUACCAUAGUCCCCAACAGGACAACAUUCUCUCUCUAUUUUAUAUUAUCAUUACUCCAACACUGAACCCUCUUGUCUAUAGUCUGAGAAACAAGGAGGUAAUAGAAGCCUCCAGGAGAGUACUGGGGAGAUUCACUUCUGCCCAGAGAUGGUAGAUGCCAAUGUCAUGUGGAAGCCCUAUAGUCUACAUGGGACUCCAUAUCUGCACUUGGUCUUAUGCUGGCAUCUUCCACAUUUUGAAAAUUCUGAAAAUCUGCCACACUGGAGAUUAAGUCCUCAUUUGGCCUUAGAAACACGAGUUUGUCUCCAUUAGCCCUAUGUUUCAAUAGCUAAGGAUAUUUUCAUUUUUCUGAUCAAUACCCCAGGAUCUGGUUGAAAUUCCCGUUCUGUUCUAACAGAGAUUAUCUUAUUUUUCACUUCAUGUUUUUCUUUCCCUCCCCUACAACAGUUCUGUACUCAACCAUAUAGGAAGUUGGCCAGAAUUUUUUCUUGAUGUUUCUAUUUAACACAGGAAAUAAAAACUAAAGAGGAAAAUGAAGAUACGGAAUGAAGAUACAAAUGUUAGACUUUACUACUUGCUGGUGAGGAAACUUCUCAGUUCUUAAUUCUUUACUACUGUGAAUCUGUAGUCAUAUAAUAUUAAAUGUUUUAUUGUGGAGAGAUCUUUCCAGAUCUAUAUCAGAGCUCCAGACUCUGGAAAAAUUCCUACCAGAUACCUAUGUUCUGGAUUGUAGCAUCAGCUCCUUAAGCUGCCCAUAUGACAUUAGGACAGCCAUGUGCUUUCCAUGUCACAUUAUUUAUAAAGAAAUUUCAUUACAAAAUACCGAUGCCUUGAAGCUAGUAUGUGAAAGCAGAAAGCAUACAUGGUAGUGAGAACUGUAAUGCAAAUGUUCUCUGCUAGGAACAUCCUCUCUAAAAGUCUCAGCCCCAAUUAACACUGAAUGUGAACAAACGGUUGAAAUCAACAUCCGAAACAAAAAUGGUAUUCCCAAUAUCUUUCCUGUGUCUGCAUCCUUGUCAAUUAUAUUUUGGCCAGUGACUAGGUCUUUCUUUUACGACUCAUUCCUGCCCCAGUCCUUUCAAAGUUGUUUAAAUUCCCAAUUUAAAAUGGGACUCCUUUUAUUUUUAUUUUUUUAAACAAUAGAAUCAGAAUUUGAACUAAAUUCUAGCUGAGACCCAGUCUCUC